UGGUCCGCAUAGCUUCUAAAUGGUCAGUUCGUGACUUAUCGUGUCCAGAUCAGUCAACAACCCCUGCGAGAUCAGCAUGCAGAAGGUAUUAUCACCUCUGCAUCAUUCCUGACUAUAUAAGUCCUGCUAUGUUCUUAAGCUCUUGGAAAUUUUCUCGGUUGUAAACAUAGCAUCGCUUGCUUCUUAGUUCCUGUGUUUCCACGCAGCAGGUAGAGAACAACUUUGUGCUCCAAAAAAAAUUAAAGAAAUUGUUAGAGGGUAAGCGUCUGAGGUUUGGCAGCCAUGGAUAUACUCGAUGCACUCGAUGCAUAUGAAGAUUUUGAAGAAGAGACGAAUGUUCGACCUUAUGAAGACGAUGUCGACUGGGAGUCUAUGCUUCCGCCUGAUUGGGAGUCGAUCGUGCGAAGGGCGUACAGAGGUCCCUUGGAAUAUGAUUCUUUCGAGGAUCUCUAUAACCAACUUUGCAAUCACGUUCUUCUUGGAGACGGCAGAGAAGGAUGCUGGAUCGAGCGGGAAACGGGAGACUUCAUCCGAAGCUACUCGGCAAGAUCACUAGAUUUCAACGUGGCCAGCAUCGGAGGCAACUGGUUGUGGCUCAGAAAAGAAGGCUCAAGGUUUCCGGAAGUUGCGUACUUGGAAAGCAGCCCGUGUUUGGAAGUGACCGGAGAGAUUAGGACGAGAUUGCCCUGGGGGUCCUAUUCUUUCACCUGGGUCCUGCAAUUCGAUCGAGAAAAUACAGCAGGUUUCAUGGAAGGGCCCUUAACUCAGCCUGCAAUUUUCUUCUUCUCAGAUGGUUUCUGGAACCUUCAAACAGACACUGUCUAUUUUCCUCUGACUCCAAACACGGCGAGCAGAGUGCGAAGAGGCGGCUGGUUAGAAUACGACCAUCACAUUUUCACUGUAACCGAAGACGAGCAUAUGCGAGAAAAGGAGCUGAAAUUCUCUCUCAGUGAGACGGUUGGUGGAUUGAUGAAGAGUGGACUGUACCUGGAUGGCGUUAUCAUCCGCCCUGUCCCCUUCGUACCUCGAACGGAAGAAGAUCAGCUGUACCGCGGUUUUGAGGGACUCCAUGUACGCGAGCCAGGUUACGAAUUGGAGCAGGUUGAAGUUGAAGAAGAAGAAGAAAAAGAAGAAGAAGAUGAUGAUGAUGAUUCGGACCGUGAAGAAACAAAUUGGAAAAAACUUUUGCCUCGAGAUUACGAAACCAUAGUGAGGAUAGCAAAAGGAGGCCCAUUGCAGUAUGAUUCACACCGGGAGCUGUACGAUCGGCUUUGUGAUGGCAUCCUCCUCGAAGAUGGUAAUCGGGGAUAUUGGCUAGACCGAGGGACUAAUGGAGUUUGUCGAAGCUACUCAGCUAGAACGUUGAGCAUUACUUGGGGUGAUGAUCUACAGUACUGGAAAUGGGCGGAGGAAAAUGGUUCCAGGUUCGCGGAAUCUGCAUGUUUACUCCAAGUUGUCUGGUUGGACGUGAAAGGUGAGGUGCGAGUUAGACUUCCCUCUGGACGGUACACGCUGUCAUGGGUGCUGAAGUUCGAUGAGGAGUUGGAACACAGUUCUUGGAGAAACAUUCCUGUCACACUCACGGCGACAGACGGAAAGGUAUCGAAAACCCAGUCACUGCACUUUCCCCUGGAUGCAGCGACUCGUUCUAGAAUGGGGGAUGAGAGAUGGGAGGAAUACGAUGCACUGCACUUCAAAGUGGACGAUGUGAACGAUAUGGACGAAGUGACACUCAAAUUCUCUUUAGCUGAGACUGCGAGUGGUUCGUGGAAAUAUGAUCUUUUCAUUGAUGGUGUAGUCAUCCGACCAAACUCUGCGCUCGCUUAACGUCAAACUUAGUGACAAGCAGGUUUUCAAUCUACAAUUUUCAAGGUGAAGACUGGCCCUACCAACCGAAAAAUGUUGAACCUAAAUAGGCCUCUGUAAUCAGGGAAGAAAUCUUUACAAACUGGUAUUUAAACAGAGACUCAAAUAGGUGGCC